CAAAGCUACCCAACUGCUCAACUGGUCAAAUGGGCAAACAGAACAAAGACGAUAUUCCCAACCCAAGUAGGGUUGGUAAUCGCGAUAUUAUCCAACGUCUCAACUUCCUCUACCAAGCCAGUGUUCUCCUCAAUGGCAUGACAGCUGGCCCCUCGCAGGUUCCGUCUAGCAAUUGCGAGACUAGCCAUAUCCAAAACCCACCGAAAACCCGGCAAAAGAGGGUCGUGUCCACUGCGGAUCUGUCUAGGAGUUACAUAGACACGAUGAAAGUUGUGGGGCAAAAAACGAAUGUCAAGAUUGAUCCAACAGUCAAACGCGUUAUAUGCAAGGGGUGUCAUAUCGUGUUGAUACCUGGAGCCUCCUCGAUCUUACGGGUGAAGAAUUCCAAAUCGCACGGACACCUUGUUAUUCACACUUGUAACUCGUGCAGGACAUCACGGCGAAUACCUGCGCCUCCAGUAUUGGAUGCGAUUCAUAUGAAUGAUUUUGAAUCCAGAUCCACCACGAUUGGCCAACCAGCUCCCGGUGCAACGACUGGAAGUACUUCAAGUUCCCGAUCAGUACAUCCGCCCCACUUUGCUCGAGACCUCGGUCAUGUUAUUUUCCGAGGGAACGAGAGGUUGCGAGAUGCUAUCUUAUGAUUUCAGACUUCACUUUAUGACUUGUGUCUGUUCACACCGGAAUCUUACCAUCGAUUAAGUACUAGCUGUUCAGCGCUGCAGCGUUUGUAACUACGUAGUCGCUGGCAAGUCGCUGGUACUACGUAAUAUUAAUGACAUAAUACAUUAGUCGCUCUUCUACUACUAA